AUGGAAAAACACAACCAUGCUACUUCUUCGGAAGUCAAGCUCGACUAUGGCUUGCCCCCUGGAGAAAUUUCGGAAGUGCAAACGGGUGACGACUUGACUGUGUCGCCGUCAGAGUCGAGGGAGGUCUUGAGAAGGAUCGAUCUCUGCGUGAUUCCCCUGAUGGGAUUCUGUUAUCUACUGCAAUUCAUGGACAAAUUGGCUCUGAGUUAUGCGGCUCUGCUGGGACUGUUGGACGAUUUGAACCUCCACGGCACCCAAUACUCCUGGUGCUCAGCCAUCUUCUAUUUUGGAUACCUCGCGUGGAGUUGGCCCAGCUCCUACGUUAUUGUCCGCUUUCCCUCGGGGAAAUACCUCGCCGUCACAGUGUGCUUAUGGGGCGGCAUUCUCAUGUGCCACGGUGCCGUUCACAGUUUUGGCGGACUCAUGGCGGCACGUUUCUUCCUGGGUGUGGGCGAGGCCGCCAUAGCCCCUGGAUUUUCUUUGAUCAUUAGCAUGUUUUAUACACGCAAAGAACAGCCUCUGCGACAAGGUGCUUGGUUCGUUGGAAACUCCUUCGCAAGUAUUUUUGGCGGACUGGUCGCGUACGGCAUCGGCGAGAUCCAGAUGCCCGCCAUCGCGCACUGGCGUCUGCUCUUCCUCAUCCUCGGCAGUAUUACCGCGGCAUAUGCUCUGCUAUUAUACCUGUUCCUCCCCGAUGCGCCAGACAAAGCCGUCUUUCUCGAUGAAAAGCAGCAGCAAGUCGCCCUGAAGCGCACGAUCGAGAACAAGACGGGUUUCAAGGACAACGACGACUUCGUCCCGGCCCAGGUCAUCGACGCCCUGACCGAUCCGCAGCUGUGGCCCUUGGUUCUCUAUACUAUCUCAGUCAAUCUGGCCAACGGUGGAUUAACCAGCUUCGGAGCACUUGUCAUCAAAGGCUUUGGGUUCUCAACCCUGAAAACUCUUCUGGUUCAGAUGUCCCAGGGGGCGACGCAGCUCGUUUUCAUCCUGUUGACUUCGACUCUGGCCACUCUCCUGCCGUCAGCUCGGCUGGUGCUCAUGAUCAUGAACACCCUCAUCGCCAUGGCAGGCUUGAUUAUGGUAUACGAAUGUAAAAGUCGCGCGGCGCGGAUGGGCGGACUGUGUCUCGGAAGCGUCUUCGUGGCCAAUAUCCCCCUCUCGCUGAGUCUGAUAAGUUCCAACGUCGGCGGCUUCACCAAGCGGUCUGUGACCAGCUCCACCCUGUUUGUCGCCUACUGCAUCGGCAACAUCGUGGGCCCGCAGUUCUUCCAGUCCAGCCAGGCUCCCAAAUAUCCCACCGGCAUCAAGGCUGCACUUUCGGGGCUAGCCUUAGGGGCCUGGUUUCUCGCCUGUCUUCUUGCCUAUUACGUCUGGGAAAACGCACGGAGGAACAAGCGGCACGGACCAAGCCAGAGACUGAGCGGGAGUGACGCUCUACGGGAAGAUCUGUCGGGCAAGACAGAUCGGCAGCUGCCUGAUUUCCGAUAUGUGAUUUGA